AUGUUUGCAAACUUUUUGGAAUUUGCUAAAAGAAAACAUUCGACUGCACGGGAAAUGGAGGAAAAGACAGAACUGCUUCACAGUAUUUCUAGUGAUGUGCUGCAGCCAUAUCAACAGAAGCUUAGUGACGCUCUUUCUACUUUCGAUGCUGAAGCCGCAGAGAUGUAUAACGUGUCUGACACUUGUUUGAGGGACACAAAACAAAUCAUACUUGGUUUUCAAAGAAGGGAGUAUUGGGCCUCACGAUUAAUCGACUCUCUUGGAAAGCCAGGCAGUGGAUUGACCGACGGAAACGUACAUUGGAUUGGCUCGUACGACCAGUGUAACUCUGUAGAGGGAUUAGUAUAUACAGACAUGGUGAACAACACUGGACCGCAAUAUAUACUCCAAGGCAAAUACUGUAAAGGACAGCUGGCUCUGGGUUUUCAGGGUAUAACGGCUACUUAUGGGACUUGUGUUCCUAAAACGUGCAGCGAAGAAGAUACCACAGCAUUGAUGAAUUUAGCAUUAUCACUGCUGUCAGACAAAAUGCAUUUCAGCCUCACUGACUGCCCAUCGGUAGAGACAGAAUACGACGCACGGGCCAUUGUUAGCUUAACGAUCUGCAGUAUUAUAGGAUUGAUGAUGGUACUAGGGACAGGAUAUGACGUCAUCGUCGUACGAUAUAUAAGGGAAAAGGAGAGACAGGAACAAGAGAAACGAGAUCAAAUUGUGAAAACCGACAUGGAAGCUGACCGAUACCAAUCAGAAUCUUCUCUGAACGAGAGUACAACACUUCUGAAAAAAAUCAAACAAAAACCAACGGUCGUUAAACAUGAAGAAGGGACAAUCGGAAAAAUCCUUAUCGCAUUUUCGAUGAAGACGAAUGGUGAAAAGCUUCUGAGUACUGCACAAGGCGAAGGAAGUCUUACUGCUUUAAAUGGCAUGAGAUUUCUGAGUAUCACUUGGGUUAUACUUGGUCAUAACUACUCAGCAGGUUUAGAUUUUUCGGUGAAUAUGAUUCCUUUCUACACGGAGAUGAUUAAUAGAUGGACAUUUCAAGCAAUAGGAAACGCCUUUGUAUCUGUGGAUUCUUUCUUCACCAUGAGUGGUCUACUACUCGCGUACUUAUUUAUGAAGGAAAUGAAGAAGAAUAACGGAAAGAUGAACUGGCCUAUGUUUUACUUCCAUAGAUUUUGGAGAUUGACACCUCCAUAUAUGUUAGUGCUAAUGAUAAGCGCGACAUUGACUCGCUACAUGGGCGGAGACGGCGGGCCUAUGUGGUCUAGGAAGGGAACCGAACAGGAUUACUGCAAGGACACUUGGUGGACGAACCUGUUGUACAUAAAUAACCUUGUAAAACCAGAAAAGAUGUGUAUAGGAUGGUCAUGGUAUCUGGCUAAUGAUAUGCAGUUUUUCGUGAUCAGUCCUUUGAUGCUGGUUCCAUUAUAUUAUAAUAAGUUUAUAGGCUUCGUUGUCUGUGGUAUCUUCCUAUUGGCGUCGUUCAUUGCUACUGGACUGUUGAGCGUCCACCAUGGAUGGGCCGCCAGCCCUAUGGAACCAAGGGUAGGCCCCGAAGCCACCAAUUCCUACAUGAUGGACUACUACUUCAAGCCAUGGUGUAGGAUAGGACCUUAUAUUGUGGGAAUAAUGGCAGGAUAUCUCCUACAGGCUUGUAACUGUCGAUUCAAGAUAAACAAGGCUGUGAACCUGUUUUGCUGGUUGGUAGCGGCUCUCGUUGCAUGUUUAAUUGUAUACGGCUUGUAUGAUUCUCUUACCGGCACUUUAUUAUCUACAUCCGUUGCUGCAUUUUACAAUACUGUCCAUAGAAGUGUGUGGGGAGUUUGUGUCAGCUGGGUUAUUUUUGCAUGUGCGACUGGAAAUGGAGGUAACUUCUUAAGCUUAUUACUAAAACAUCAAGAAAAUGCCAAC